AUGCUACGUGUCCUCGAUGAGGGCACAGGACUGGUCUGUGACGAAGUUGACGUCAUCACUUGGGCCGGACGGCAUUACUGGUUCACUAAGUAUACUCUCCAAUGCUUAUUCUUAUGCAUUGAUUCUGUUGUGGUACCAUUGCUGUUUUUAUUAGCUCUUCACCAGAGAAACUCUACUGAAAUGAGGUUAUGUGCUGGACAUUAUCUACUGAUCGGUUUCUUCGUUAUUACGCAAUGUUUGCUGAUUAUUUUGCGCUACUCUCUGCGUGGAGUCGAUUACUAUCGUCUGAGACGUAUUCAUAACUUGGUGAAUAUGGAAUUUUUGAUGGUGAUCGGAUCGAUGUUUAUCUGGAAGAAAGUUACGGAAGCUUUGAACCAUUUGGACCCGGACAAAAUCACUCCGGCACGAUUCCGUUGGCGAACAAUUUGUUUCCAGGAUGUCGCACGUGCAACACUUUUUAUAUUGUUGGGACUGUCGCAAUUAUCUUUUCUUUUUUACUUCUUUUUGCUUGGAACUGAGCCUCAUAUCCUAGCGCAAAUUAGCCUUAUUGGUUUGGCAACAUAUCUACACGCGGUAGUUUUUCUGGUCAUCGCAGAGUUGGUUCAUUUUUUCUGUACGGUCUCGUUCAAAUGCGGUGUUUUUAAGCCCCAGUGCAGGUACAUAAUUGAUAGUCGUCACGUGUACACAUAUUUAUCGCUGUUUUGUUCUCUGCUGUUCAUUCUUGGAGGUCUCUACGCUACUUUCUCUGAUCCUGUAUACACGAAGGUGUCGAUUCCGUUGAGAAAUUUACAUAAUGGCGAUUUGAGAGUAGCUCUUCUUACGGAUCUUCACAUUGGUCCAACUGUUGGACAAAAACGAAUGGAAACAAUUGUAAGGCUCACGAAUAAAUUGGAACCAGACAUUGUGGCAAUAUCUGGGGAUCUGGCGGAUGGUUUUGUCAGGGAUUUUAAAGGAGCAGCGAGCCCUUUAUGCUCGCUGAAAAGCAAGCUUGGAGUAUAUUUUGCUACAGGUAAUCAUGAAUACAUGCAUGGAGAUAUCGAGGAAUGGUUUGCCUAUCUUAAGGCCUGUAAUAUUACUGUACUUCAUAAUGACCAAAAACGAUUGUUGUUGGGAAAUGGAGAUAAUAUUUGUAUUGCUGGAGCUGACGAUCUUUACGCAGCCAAAGCUAAUUACCCUGGACAUGGUAUGGAUGCGCAAAAAGCAGUUAUUGGGUGUAAUCCUGGUGAUGCGGUUAUUAUGCUCGCUCAUCAACCAAAUGCAGCUCAUCUGAUGCUCAGUGAUCCAAUAGUGAAUAAAAGAGUGGAUCUCAUUUUGUCAGGGCAUACUCAUGGUGGUCAGAUGUACUUUUUUGUUCCUGUUAUUUAUCUUGUGAAUGCUUUUGCAAGAGGUCUCUAUUACAACGAACCAACAGGUGUUUAUGUUUAUGUCUCUGCCGGUGUGAACUUUUUUGGUCCUCCUAUCAAGAUGUUUGGUGCAUGUGAAAUCAUAGAUAUCACUCUGAAACCUAUGAUCUAA